AUGGGUAAGGAACAAAUCAGAAAGAGACAAACUAAAAAGGUACGCAAGGGUUCACAACCCGUGGCAAAUGGUAAAUCUUCUGUAGUAGGGGUCUCCAAAGAUGGGAAACCAGAAUUUUGUGCUAUUGAUACGCCCAUAGAAAGGAGACUUCAAACUCUCAGCGUAGCAUGGUAUGUCGAAUGUAUUCCGUUAAUGAUCAUCAUAAUGUUGUUUGUUUGGGUUAACCCGUUGAUGUGGUCGUUUGUAAUACCAUACACCAUUUAUUAUUUCAUAGACCGGACUGCCUCCAAUGGGAACGCUGUGAAGAGACACUCCAAGUGGUUCCGAUCUCUAAAGGUCUGGUUUUAUUUCCGUGAUUACUUCCCUAUAAGUAUGCACAAAAGCACUGAACUCGAGCCAACAUUUACAAGUAUUGAUUCCACAGAGCUGGAAAAUGAUGCGAGUGAGCCAGGCUACCUGGAUAGCUCACAGCCCGUUUUACCAGAUAAAUGGUGGAAUCCUUUCAGAGAAAAGGAUGAAACUGUUAGACCAACAGGACCGAGGUAUAUUUUUGGCUACCAUCCACAUGGUAUAGCAGCAUUCGGAGCGUUUGGAGCAUUCGCUACCGAGGCAUGUAAUUGGAGUAAAGUUUUCCCAGGCAUUCCAGUGUGUUUGCUUACUUUGGUAAAUCAAUUUCAAAUACCAGUGUACCGUGAUUAUUUAUUGGCCUUAGGCAUAACAUCGGUCGCUAGAAAAAAUGCUAUGAAAGUACUUGAGAAAAAUUAUUCAAUAGCCAUCGUAAUUGGAGGUGCCAGUGAAUCCCUUCUUACUAACCUUGGUUCAUCUGAUAUCAUUUUAAGCAAGCGGAAAGGUUUUGUGAAGUUGGCUUUGCAAACUGGGAAUGUGAGUCUUGUACCUGUGUAUGGAUUUGGUGAAACUGAUACUUACAAGAUUCUGAAGCUUAAAAAUGACUCUAUAAUAGGCAGGAUACAGAUAUGGCUUAAAGAGAACUACAGCUUCACUGUCCCUCUAUUUUUCGCUCGUGGUGUAUUCAAUUAUGAUUUUGGUUUACUACCGUUUAGACAUCCAGUCAAUGUUGUUGUUGGAAACCCUAUUCAUAUUAAAGAAAAGAUAGAUCAUCCAACAAUUGAGGAGAUUGAUCAUUACCAUUCCUUAUACAUUGAAGAAUUGAAACGUCUUUACGAUGAUAACAAGGCAAAAUUUAACUAUUCAGAAAAAACUUUAAAUAUAGUGGAAUGA